ACCCAUUCAUAGACUCAGAUGGACUGUUAAGAGUGGGAGGUCGCACAUCUCUUGCAGAUCUACCAUAUGACGAAAAGCACCCAGUGAUACUCCCUAAAAAGCAUCAUGUGUCUACUAUGAUUGUGAGACAUUACCACCAAGAUGUCGCUCACCAAGGUCGCCACCUCACCGAGGGAGCGCUUCGAUCUGCAGGCGUUUGGAUAAUCGGUGCCAGAAAACUAGUGUCAAGUGUAAUCUAUCAGUGUGUCACAUGUCACAAGCUUAGAGGAAAACCCGCUGAACAGAAAAUGGCCAAUCUCCCUGAGGAUCGCCUCGUUAUGGAGCCCCCAUUCACAAGAGUGGGCCUAGAUGUUUUUGGACCAUGGACUGUAAUCACCCGCAGGACAAGGGGUGGUUGUGCAGAAAGCAAGUGCUGGGCAGUUUUAUUCAGUUGCCUAAGCACACGCGCUGUUCACAUAGAAAUAAUUGACACUAUGUCCACCUCAAGUUUUAUUAAUGCUUUGCGAAGGUUUUUCGCUGUCAGGGGUCCUUCCAAAGUUCUCAGAUCAGACCGUGGCACCAACUUUAUCAGGGCUUGUAAAGAGUUGAAAAUCAGCACUGAUGAUCCGGAGAUGCAAAACUAUUUGAGCAAAGAAGGCUGCACAUGGACUUUUAACACACUCCACUCAUCCCAUAUGGGUGGCUCAUGGGAAAGAAUGAUAGGCACCGCUCGCCGCAUUCUUGACGCCAUGUUACUGCAGUCAGGUCCUACUCGCCUUACACACGAAGUCCUUACAACCCUAAUGGCGGAGGUUAUGGCUAUCAUUAAUGCCCGUCCACUAGUUCCCAUCACCACAGAUUCAGACACAUCAACAAUUUUGACACCAUCCAUGCUCCUAACUCAAAAGGCAGGAGUUGCACCUGUUCCAGAAGGGACAUUUGACAUUAAAUACAUGUACAAAAAGCAAUGGCAACAUGUUCAAAGCCUCGCGAAUGUCUUUUGGAAACGCUGGAGACAAGAAUAUUUGUCAAUUCUUCAAGUUAGGAAGAAAUGGACUUUAGACAAGGACAAUAUCAAAGAAGGAGAUGUCGUCUUAGUAAAGGAUGAUCUGGUGAAGCGCAAUGAAUGGCCCAUUGGACUCAUUACUAAAUGCAUCCCAAGCAAAGACAAAAGAUCAGAAAGGUGGAAGUAAGAGUUGUAAAACAAGGCACUCCACGUAUCUAUCUGCGACCUAUAACUCAACUCAUUCCACUGCUCCCUCCAAACAAAAGACUGGUUAAUUUGAAUAUAGUGGCAUAAAAGUAUUUAUACCAGGCAGGGAGUGUGAUGGUUAGUCUAAUGUUGUGAAUGAGUUUGGUUGGUUUUUCUACUGGUUCGAAGUGCCCUCUGGUGGCGAGAGCGGAGAUUGUCAUGUUCAUUGUUCAGAAGCUCAGUAUGGAACCGUCAUGGCUCAAGUGCAGCGUCCUCGUGUUGUUUUGGCCCACAUAAGGCUGUAGGUUUUGGGUUUGAGUCGAAAAGUGUUUUAUAUAUCAGUCUGUAAGCAAGCUGACAAUUAGUCCUUUUAAUUUUAAUAAGCAAUUUGAGGUUUAAAAUGAGUUUAAGAGUACAAACGUUAGCAUUUGUUAGCAUUUAAGCUAGCGGACUUUUCAGAUGCUAAUUAGGCUAAUUUGGACAGAUUAAUUUACAAGUCAAUUCAAAGUUAAGGAAAUUUAGAUGCUAAUCAGUUGUGUGGUGUAACAUUUAAAAUUGUGUUUGAGAUGUGUAAUGCUCAAUUCUGAUUGUUGUAUGUUUGUGUGUUACAGCUUUACAGUACAGUAAAGUAAAGAGGUUUCUACCACAUGAAGUCUCCUGUUUGCUGUCUGUCUUAGCUAGAUAGCUUUCCAUUUAGUGAGGACAGAACAAACAUUCUGAAAAUGCUUGUAUGUGUGUGCCCGGCAUUUCACGUACGAGUGUUUUUCGAACAUGGGCCCAUACAGCUCUGGCUUAGCACAAAGACUCCGAAUCAAGAAGG